AUGAGCUCGUACAGACCAUACCCGCCUCGAGGCAAUGCUCGGGACGACCGCAACGGCGGUCGUUACGAAUCCCGUUCAUCAACUCAUCAGCCCCCGCCACCUGGAGCAGGCGACAAAUGGCGCAACCCAUGGCCAGAGGACCGUGAGUACCGCCACCGCUCAAGAUCGCGAUCUCCGCCGCGGCAUUCCGAUCGCUAUGAUUCUUACAGAGGAGACAACGAUAUAGGAAGAAGAUCAGGCGGCUACAAUGGCUACAGACCCGAUGACCGACCGCCCCAGGGCGACUUCACCUUCCGGAUGGACAAGCCCUCUGGCGUAGGCAACACCUCCAGAGGCGACUCAUACCGCCCAGGCGCAUAUCAGGGCAACGAUAGAAGAAGAGCCCCACGCGCCCGGGGAGGAUCGUUUCGUGGCCGCGGUAGAGGCGCGUACUGGAAGAUCAUCCCAGCCGAGCGCGAGCUCUUGCGCACCCGCCGCGAUGGAGUCGACGAGAACCUAGUCAACGAGGAGGGCGCUGGUGUAGUAUACCGCGACAUCAAUGACCUAUCGGACGACGAAGAGGCUGACAUGGAGAUCUCUGACAACUCUGAUGAGGAGGAUGACGAGGAAUCUGGUGAGCCUUCCACCAAGCGCGCCCGCCGUUCUGGCAACGACGAAUCAGGCAACAGCGUCCCGAAAUGGUCGAACCCAGAUCCGUACACCGCCCUUCCCCCGCCUGAUGCGGCCGAUCGCAAGAAGAAGGACAUGGUCAAGAUGAUUCGUAAGGCACGAGUCGACGAAACUGCCGCGGACAAGCUCAAGGCCAGCACAGAGGCCGAGGAAUUCAUUUCUUUCGACUUUGACGAACCUAAUGACGAGGAAGAGAUCAUUCUUCCUCCCUCCGAGCCACCCUCGCCUCCCCCUCCUCCCCCUCCUGGUCCAGCACCUCCUUUGCAAUCCUCGUCCAUCGCUUCUAGAGUUACUCCCAGCGGCCCGCGUUCAGAACGUGGCAAUCCGCCUACCUCCAGCGGAUCAUCACCCGCGGCAGCGCCAUUCACGCCUAGCAAGCCUUCGACUUUGCCCCCCAAGCCCGCUGCGCUCAACGACGCUCUCGGCUCUCGGAAGCGCACUGCUGACGACCACAUCAAGCCCCCUACUUACGCGCCGCUCAAGAAAGUCAACAAGAUGCCCGUGGGUGGCGCGAUCUUGUCCGAGUGGAAGGUGACUAAAGGCGAGGAUCCCACGCCUUGGAUCGACGCGGACCAUUCCAAGACCUCGGACAUCAGUGUUUGGCUUCACAAGGAAAUUGUCGAUUUCUAUGAGGUCGUACGCCCUCGCGACUUUGAGCACGAGAUGCGAACACGGCUUGUCGACCGAAUCCGCUCGGCUCUCAAGACUAAUCGCUUUUACAAGGAAUGUGACGUUCGCCCAUUUGGCUCGUACAUGUCUGGCCUCUACCUGCCCACGGCUGAUAUGGACUUGGUCAUUUGUGAAAGAAGCUGGAUGAACGGCGCUCAUUCCAACUUCUUCGGUAUUAAGGCUCUGAGGAACUUUGGCAAGUUCCUUUCGUCCAAGCGUCUGACCCAUUACAACAGCAUGGAGUUCAUCGCAGGCGCCAAAGUCCCUCUCGUCAAGUACAUUGACACCGAAACUGGCCUCCGGGUUGACAUCUCUUUCGAUCGCCUUGAUGGUCCCCAGGCCGUCAAGACAUUCAUUGAGUGGAAGAAGCAGUAUCCGGCCAUGCCAAUAAUCGUCACAAUGGUCAAACACUUUUUGGCGAUGCGCGGUCUGAAUGAGCCUGUCAACGGGGGGAUCGGCAGCUUCACUGUCACCUGCAUGGUCGUCAGCAUGCUGCAGCUCAUGCCCUCUGUUCAAAGCCGGAACCUCACCCCCGAUCACCACCUUGGACAGAUGCUCAUGGAGUUCUUCGACCUCUAUGGAAACAGGUUCGACUAUGUCAACACGGCAAUCCGGUUGAAUCCUCCGGGUUAUGUCCACAAGCACCGAGUUCAUGACGUUGUCUACAAGAACUUCGAUCGUAUCUCCGUCAUAGAUCCCAACAAUCCCGCUAAUGAUAUUUCUGGUGGGUCUAGCAACGCUGGGCGGAUCCUGGAAGAGUUCAGCAUUGCACAUCAGAUGCUGAAGAAGAGAAUGGUGCAGCUUGGUCAGGCGGGGACCCGCGCCGAUGGACCUGCCAGCAUCCUCGAGACCAUCUACGCUGGUAACUACUCUUCGUUCCGUCACCAACGUGCGCACUUGCGCCAGCUGUACGACUCAAGAUGA